GGUUUUAGAACGCGCCCCUGCAAUCGCUGAAAAGUAAUUCCCUGUGUUCUUUGUGACCGCUUGAUCUGCAAGCUGGGAGCAAAUACGUUUGCACUACAGGAUGUUUCGCCUUCGAUUUCUUCCCGUAGCAGCAGGGCUGUCUUCUGUUUCGCGGCGUUACCUUGGGACAGCACAUCACCCCAGGACCAGGCGUAGGCUUGUGGUGGCGGCUUUCGUAGGGACAGCUGCAGCGACAGCAAGUGCCAGAUUCCUUUGGCAGAGGGCAUACGCAGAAAACUCAUCCUCUGUAAAACAUGAUCCAAGGACUGAGCCGAGUGAGAAGGUGAAGCACGAGGAGGAGGAGGAGGAGGAGAGCAGCAGCAGUGAGGACAGAAAGGCUGUUGCGUCGGGUGAUGAGGAGGCCCCGCCAGAAGGGAAGAAGAAGAAGCGUUCUGGGUUCAGGGACCGUAAGGUGAUGGAAUACGAGAACAGGAUCAGAGCCUACUCCACACCGGACAAAAUCUUCAGAUACUUCGCCACUUUGAAAGUCAUAAAUGAGCAUGGUGAAUCUGAGGUUUUUAUGACACCGCAGGAUUUUGUGAGAUCGAUAACACCUAAUGAGAAACAACCAGAAAAUCUGGGUCUGGACCAGUUUAUAGUGAAGCGCUAUGAUGGGAAGAUACGGGUUAAAUUUUCAUCUAAAUUAUUAGCUGAGCUCAUCCCCACUCUGCAGUCACAUACAAUGAAAUUAUCCCAGGAGCGAGAGAAAUUUGCCGAUGAGGACAGCAUAUUUUAUGCCCUUGGAGAAUGUGGACUCAUUUCUUUUUCCGACUACAUCUUCCUCACUACAGUCCUUUCCACUCCCCAGAGGAAUUUUGAAAUUGCCUUUAAGAUGUUUGAUCUGAAUGGUGAUGGCGAGGUGGACAUGGAGGAGUUUGAGCAGGUCCAGAGCAUCAUUCGUUCCCAAACCAGCAUGGGCAUGCGCCACAGAGACCGGUCUACAACGGGCAACACUCUGAAAACUGGCUUCAACUCUGCGCUGACAACGUACUUCUUUGGGGCGGAUCUGAAGGGGAAGCUGACCAUCUCCCACUUCCUCGACUUCCAGCGCAAACUGCAGCACGAUAUUCUGAAGCUUGAGUUUGAGCGGCACGACCCAGUGGAGGGGCGGAUCACGGAGCGGCAGUUUGGCAGCAUGCUGCUGGCCUACAGUGGGGUGCAGUCUAAGAAGCUCACCGUCAUGCUGAAGCAGCUCAAGAAACAUUUCCAAGAUGGAGAGGGGCUGACAUUUGAGGAGGUGGAGAGCUUCUUCACUUUUCUGAAGAACAUAAACGAUGUGGACACAGCUUUGAGCUUUUACCACAUGGCUGGAGCUUCGCUUGAUAAAGUGACAAUGCAGCAAGUGGCCAGGACAGUGGCCAAGGUGGAGCUCUCUGACCACGUGUGCGACGUGGUGUUUGCUCUCUUCGACUGCGACGGAAAUGGCGAGCUGAGCAACAAGGAGUUUGUUGCCAUAAUGAAGCAGCGCCUUAUGAGAGGCUUGGAGAAGCCCAAGGACAUGGGCUUCACACGACUCAUGCGGGCAAUGUGGAAAUGUGCCCAGGAGACAGCGUGGGAUUUCACCAUGCCCAAGCCGUAGCAGGGCCAGAGAGGAGCGCCCGGCUUCCCUCUCAGCCCUGUCACCACAGCUGCUGCGGGCACCUCAGGGUGGCACCAGGCUCUGGCGAGCUCAGACUGUUCAUAAUAGGAGACUUUUGUAAAUCAAAGAUAAAAAUCAAAGCCUGUUGUAUUUGCAGCUUCUGCUUGCCAGUGGCCCCUUAAUAUUCCUCUCUCUCAGGAAAAAGGACUUUUCUUACUGCCAACACCUCUGCUUCAUGAUACACCCUGCCUGCAGAGCUGGGCAUCAAGCAAGCUGGUGGGGCUGCCCCCAAUUCAGUUUUAUUUAAUGUUAUUACCAAAUGGCAUGAAGUUAAUUUUAAUUCUUGGAUUUGCUCCUACAAAAGUUGUGGGAUUCCUGGAUAGAUCAUAGCAGUGGGACCUAUGAGCAGAGGCUGGAGCUGCCAAGUGCUGAGAGCUCCCCAGGAUUUCGCUUGGCAGCAUGCUCCUGCCCCCUGAGAUUG